CGUCACCCUGCUGCUUCACACACCCAUCUACAGCAUGUCGAAGGAACAGGGUGAGUUCCAGGUUACUCCACGGGGGUCUGAUCACUGGAAGUGAUGACUGCAGGACUCUAAGCGUCACAUCGAAUGUUCAUCGGCGGCUGGACAAGGAGCCGACAUGUUCGUACUGCGGGGUGUGUAUCUUCAGGAAGAUCUUCUGCUUUGUGUGUGUCACAAUGCUUCUGGUUUUCAGUCUGUACACCGCGGUACCGUACUGGUACACAGAGUAAGAGCUCUAACAGCUCUCUCUUCACUUCAUUAUCGUAUUUCUUACAAAUGUGGAAAUGAGUGUGUUACGUACCGAGAGCCUCCAGGUCGUCUUUGUGAUGUUCGCAGCACUUUGUGUCAAAUCCGGUAGAACAGCUGAACAAGUGUAUGGAUUAAUAGGAAAAGAGGCUCAACUGGAUCCGAAAGAGACUGAAACCAUCAAUAGGAUCACAUGGAAGAAAGAGAACAACAAAAUAGUCGAGUGGAUCGAGAAUCCAAAACCACACAGGUAUUCCAGAUGUUUGACUGAAGACCAGUGUAACCUGAAUAAGUCAACUGGGGUGCUGAUAUUGAAAGGGUUAAAACGAGAAGAUAAAGGACGAUACUUUUCCGAAAUAAACAGUAAAGGACCCGCAAAGGAAUUUGAGCUCAUUGUACUCGAACCUGUGCCCAAACCUCGAGUCGCCAGAGACUGCAGUUGGACCCAGUGCAUCCUGGCCUGUGUGGGAGAGGAGAGUAAUCACACCAAAUACUCCUGGAAAGAGAACGACAUAACUGUAAAGGAGGGAAACAUCUUGAUGGUGGAGAAGAGUGGAGAGCAGAGUAAAAGUUACACCUGUGUGUUCAGUAAUCCUAAGAGUGAGGAGCACAGUGACCCGGUCAGUGUGAUGGACGUAUCUCCAGGUUCUUCCGUUGGACUGAUAGUCUUUUUCAUCGUUGGAGCAGCUGAGUUCCUGAUCCUCAGUCUAGUGGCCGUCAUUAUUUGAUGUUUAAAACAAAAUAAUUCCUAGGUCAUUAAAGCCCAUUAUUCCAAAAAAAUACUGAUAUCUGAGCAGAAUUAAUACACAGGUACCAUGACAUGAAAGUUCAGGACCUGUUAUCUGUCACAGAGGUCUGUUGCUUGUACCUUCAGUCAAAGUGUCCCUCAGCAGAAGGUCAUGUGUGUCAGUGAUGUUGGACCGGAGCGACUGCUGAGAGCAGAAGCACAAAGAGUCCAGUUCCUCCAACAGUGUUUCAUAGCUACACGUCACAUCAUUGUGUCCAUUUCAAUGCUUCUUCAGGGUUACGAGUGAAUUCCUAGUUGAUGGUCCUGCCUGUGAAGUUCUGCUCUCUGCUUCACGUCACACUUUCAGUGCCUGCUGUUGAACUUCUCUCAUUGUCUCCAGGAUAAUAUAUUUGGCCUCAAGAAUCCUGAGCAAUAAAGAAAAAAGCUGUUUGUG